AUGGCUUCGAACAGUAUAGGAAAACCGCCCGAACCACUUAAUCUUGAAGACAGAGCUCAUCGUGGAGAAAACUGGAAGAAUUUUAAGAGAGAAUGGUCGUAUUACGAAAUAGCGGCGGGAAUAGCAACGAAAACAGAAAAGAUUAGAGUCGCUGCCUUACUUAAUGUCACUGGAAGAGAUGCCCUUAACAUGUAUGAAACUUUUCAGUGGGAAAAUGAAGGCGACAAUUUUAAGAUUGCAAAAGUUUUAGAGAAGUUCGAAGAGCGUUGUGUCCCUGCAAGAAACGAGAUAUUCGAGCGCUACAAUUUUUUCAAGCGGAACCAAGACAAAGGCGAAUCGUUAGAUGCAUACAUAACAACAUUACUGAAGCUCUCGGAGACGUGUGCAUUCGGUGACUUGCGAGAAUCUCUAGUCCGUGAUCGACUUGUCUACGGAAUUCGGGAUGACCAUGUUCGAGAGAAAUUACUCGGAAAACGCGAUCUAGACUUAGAUAAAUGCAUCGACAUAUUGAAGUCUAGCGAACUGACUCAUUUUCAAGCAAAAGAAAUAUCGUCGGAAGACGUGCAAACGAAUUUUGUGAAGCGAGUAAGACCAAGAAAGAUUGAAAAGUCAAACAGCGAAGCAGCUACAAGUUCGGCUAAGUCGAAGAUAAAAUCAAAGAGUGAUACGAGUUAUCAGAAAGAGUUUGUGACACCUCAGACGUCUAAAGAUUGUACGUUUUGUGGACGGCGUCACGUGAACAAGAAAGAAAAUUGCCCAGCGUGGGGAAAACGUUGUCGUAGUUGCAAGAAAGUUGGACAUUUUGAAAAAAUGUGUCGAUCGUCAAAAGUACACCAAGUCAGGCAAGAGGUCGAAUAUUUGUAUAUCAGUUCGUCGGUUAAGAACAGUCCUAAACAUCAAGCCUUCGUCACGUUUAAAGUAAACCGAAACAAGGACGUCGCGUUCCAGAUUGACACAGGGGCAACCUGUAAUGUAAUGCCUUCAAAAGUAUAUGAAGAAAUCACAAGAGAUAAUGAAGGCCGUAAGCUGCAAGCGGCGAAGAGCGUUUUGAUGAUGCAUAACAAAUCAAGGGUUUUCCCCCGAGGGAGUACGUCAAUGCAACUGGAUCGUGGUGGUCAUGGAUAUCGGGUUCAAUUCCUCGUCGUGGAAAACUGUGAAGUACCACUGAGUUUGGUUACGAGUGAGCAACUUGGUUUGGUUAAGAUUAUCGACAGCGAUAGUGCAUCGAGUAUAAACGUUCUUCGGGAAGUAAGUCACGUGGAAAAGAACAUGCCUGACAAGCCGAUGGGAAAAGAGCAAAUUUUGUGUGAGUAUAGCGAUGUUUUCGAUGGUCUGGGCUGUUUACCUGGAGAAUAUCACGUUGAAAUUGACCAGAAACAGACGCCAGUAAUACAUGCACCUCGAAGAGUUCCUGUGGCUAUUCGUGAGGUCGUCAGAAAAGAGUUAGAAGAUAUGGAAGCAAACGGUAUCAUAGCAAAAGUUGUUGAACCAACUCCGUGGGUAUCAUCAAUGGUCGUUGUUCGUAAGAAGAAUGGUAAAGUUCGGAUAUGCAUCGAUCCACGCGAUUUGAAUGAAGCGGUCAAAAGAUGUCACUAUCCACUGCCUACGCUAGAAGAAGUUGCGACAAGAUUGCCCAAAGCUAAGGUUUUCUCAGUGUUGGAUGCAAUGUUGGGGUUUUGGCAAGUGAAGCUAUCAGAGAGUUCCUGCAAGCUGACGACAUUCAAUACGCCGUAUGGGCGAUAUUAUUGGAAGAGAAUGCCAUUUGGAAUAAAAUCUGCACCAGAAGUUUGGCAGAGAAAAGCUCAUGAAUUUAUCGAGGGGCUGGACGGUGUUGAGGUAAUAAUGGAUGACUUCCUGGUGAUUGGGUUUGGUGAUACAGUUGAGGAAGCAGUAAGCAAUCAUGACAAGAAUCUUGUUGGUUUACUGGAGCGAGCUCGAGAAAUAAAUUUAACGCUGAAUCCAGACAAGAUCAAGUUGCGUCUACAGGAAGUGCCAUUCAUUGGUCAUUUGUUAACACCUCAAGGCCUUAUUCCAGAUCCAGCCAAAGUGGAAGCCAUUCUGAAAAUGCCAUUGCCUACCGAUGUGAAAUCGCUAAGAAGAGCACUUGGAAUGGUUAAUUACCUUGCGAAGUUUCUGCCAAAUUUAUCCUCUUCCUGUGAAAUCUUACGACAGUUGUCUCGAAAGGAUGUAGAGUGGCACUGGGAAGAUCGUCAUGAGGAAGCCUGGAAAGACCUAAUGAAAAGCAUAACCCAAGCUCCAGUCCUUGCGUUUUUUGAUCCCGAGAAAGAAGUUACUAUCCAGUGUGAUGCGUCGCAAGAUGGUUUAGGAGCAGUCUUAACUCAAGAAGGUAAACCAAUCCACUACGCCUCUAGAGCAAUGACAAAGGCUGAAAAGAACUAUGCACAAGUGGAGAAAGAACUAUUGGCAAUAGUCUUCGCUUGUGAACGAUUUGAUCAAUAUGUAUAUGGGAAAUCGGUUACUGUAGAAUCCGACCAUAAACCACUGGAACAAAUCGGGACCAAGCCAUUUCACGAAAUCCCGAAGAGAUUACAGCGUAUGUAUUUACGUUUACAAAAGUAUGAUGUUAAAAUCACUUACAGAAAAGGUUCACAAUUGUUCAUUGCAGAUACCCUAUCUCGUGUGUACCUUCCAGAAACUCAAGUUGACCACAACGCUGGAAACGAAUUUUGUGCUCAGUUAGAAGAAACCAAUUUGGUGGCAGAUUUACCAAUCUCUAAUGAACGUUUGAACGAGCUUAAACGUGCAACAGCUGCAGAUCCUGUUCUUCAGAAAGUUCGUGAAUAUGUCGAGAAAGGCUGGUCAACGUCAAAACAAUACCUACCACCUGAUGUUGUUCCGUAUUAUUCGCUUCAGAGUGAGAUCUCGUAUCAGGAUCUCAGAUCUCGUAUCUUCUCUUCAAGUCAGGAAGAAUUGUAG